CGCUCCUGCAUCUCUUGUGAUUCGGCUGAAGAAAGGACAAACACACAGAAAAACUCCUGGUGAAGCGACUGAGAUCCACGUCACACUAUUAUAAAGAUGGCGUUUAUGAAAGAGGAGAAUGAAGACAUGAAGAUUGAAGAAACAUUCAGAGUGACACAUGAAGAUACUGAGACACAAACAAAUAUGGUGUUUAUGAAAGAGGAGAGUGAAGACAUGAAGAUUGAAGAAGCUUUCGGAGUGAAACAAGAAGAUACAGAGGAACAAACAGACCCGAUGGCGCUGAAAGCAGAGAGUCAAGAACUGAAUGAAAUACGAAACCAGUACGACAAUCAUCAUGAUUUUGCAACUGGAGAAAAAUCUUUAAAUUCCUCAAAGACUGAAAAGACAACAACUACAAGUAAUUUCACUUACCAACAGUGUGGAAAGAGCUUCAUUCAAAAAGAAAGCCUUAAACGCCACAUGGGAACUCACACUGGAGAGCAGCCUUUCACCUGCCUUCAAUGUGGAAAGAGUUUCGCUAAAAAAUUAGGCCUUAUAGCCCACAUGAGAAGCCACAUGAGAACUCACACUGAAGAGCAGCCUAUCAUCUGCCUUCAAUGUGGAAAGAUUUUUGCUAAAAAAGGAGCCCUUAUAGCCCACAUGAGAACUCACACUGGAGAGAAGCCUUACACCUGCCCUCAGUGUGGAAAGGGUUUCGCUCAAAAAGGAGGAGGCCUUAUAGCCCACAUGAGAGUUCACACUGGAGAGAAGCCUUACACCUGCCCUCAGUGUGGAAAGAGUUUCACUCAAAAAGGAGGCCUUAAAUCCCACAUGGGAAUUCACACUGGAAAGAAGCCUUUCAGUUGCCGUCAAUGUGAACAGAGUUUUUUACGUAAGACAGCCCUUAAUGCACACAUGCAAACUCACACUGAUGAUUACCCCUGCCAACUGUGUGGAAUAAGUUUCAUUCAAAAAGGAAGCCUUAAACGCCACAUGAAAAUUCACACUAAAGAGAAGCCUAACACCUGCCAACAGUGUAGAAAGUUUUUCACCCAAAAAAGAAGCAUUAAACUCCACAUGAGCAUUCAAACUGGAGAGAAGCCUUACACUUGUCCUCAAUGUGGAAAUAGUUUUUCGCGUAAGGCAACCCUUAAUGCACACAUGCAAACUCACACUGAAGGGAAGGCUUACACCUGCAAACUGUGUGGAAUGCAUUUCAGCUAAAAAGGAAACCUUAAAGUUCACAUGAGAACUCACACCGGAGGAAGCCGUUCCAGUGUUGUAAUGUAACGGAGUACAAAUACUUCGUUACUGCACUACUGAAUUGGCCAUUAUAGCAGGUUUAACCUAUGGGUUUAACGACUGAAGCGACAACUCGCCAGGUUACUAUAGUGUGGCCGGCUACGCAAUACUCGUUCCCUCUCUCAGGGAACUGAGGUUACGAUAGUAACCGAGUAGUUCCCUUUCAAACGGCCACAAUAAAGUUCACAAUCAAAGUUCUAACCGCUUGCU